UGCAUUCAUGGAUUGAAAUUUAUAUCUAUGUGUUUCAUUAUUGUAGGGCAYCGUUUUAUGUUCUCCUUAGGCUCGCCAAUAAUGAACACUAAUUUUAUAGAAUUUUUUUAUAGCAAACUCGAAGCCAUGAUCAUACUUAACGGACCCAUACUAGUGGAUACAUUUUUCAUAAUAAGUGGUUUCCUUGCAUGUUACUUACUAUUGGAACACAUCCAGAAGAACCCAAAUGGUUUUCGAAUACCGCUUUUUUAUAUACACCGUUACGUGAGGUUGACACCAGUCUACGCGAUAGUGAUUGGAUUUUACUGUACGAUUUUUAUAAAAAUAGGAUCAGGACCUCUGUGGAACGAGAAGGUGGGCUUGGAAGUGGAGAGGUGCCACGAAAGCUGGUGGACCAACAUACUCUACAUAAACAACUAUAUUGAACCUCAAAAAUUGUGCAUGAUACAGUCUUGGUACAUCGCAUGCGACACGCACUUGUUCUUGACAGCCCCGAUCAUCGUCAGUCUGUUGUACCACAAACCGAAAAUCGGAAACUCUGUGCUGGCACUCAUACUGGCCGCGUCGAUUUUCACUACUUUCAUUGUCACGUAUUCGGGCAAACUGGACGCCUUCCUGUUGGUGCACAUCAAGACACUUCGAAAUCCCAUCGCUAACAAAACAUUUCGUAGCCUUUACAUACCAACGCAUACGAGAGCCACGCCGUACUACAUCGGCAUGGUGACUGGCUUGUACGUGGUAUGGUCGAGUUGGAUCGUUUCCAUAGUCCUCAUAUUCGGCACACUGUUCUCGGCCUGGUGGUUUUACAAGCCCAGCUACAAGUACGACGCUUUUGUUGCCGCUYUGUACGGUGCAUUGUACCGCAUCACGUGGGCAGCGGGUGUCAGUUGGACAAUCAUCGCAGUGUCCACUGGUAACGGAGGUUUUAUCGAACCCAUUUUGUGCUGGAAACCGGUAAUAACACUGAGCCGGUUAACGUACUGCGCAUUCUUGUGUCACGGGGGACUACAGUUGUAUACAGUCGGCUCCAUUCGGACACCGUUUCACGCGUCCAUCUAUAACUUGGUGUGGUUGUCACUUGGAGAUAUCACUCUAUCGUUUUUGGCGGCUUUCUGUUUGACUUUACUCUACGAAUCGCCCAUAAUUGGCUUGGAAAAAAUUUUCUUUAAUCCAGGUAAUAAAUCUUGUUAUGUAAAUGACAUGACAACAAAGAUAAGCAAUCCAGAUAAAUUUCAACAAAUAACAGCUCCAUAGUCCACUUACAACAAUAAUAUUUUAGAUUUUAACUUGUGUCUGUACUUCCUUAGUUCUUACUCGUUUUCAUUUCAUACUGUCUUAUUUUACCUACUUAUAUAGUUAUAUCAUAUAUAUUCUAAC